AUGGUUCAGCUCACGAGAGAAUCAGUCGACUACAAAAAUUUAUCGGAAAGGUUCAUAAUCACCGAAAAUGAUCAGCAAGAUAACUGUUUUCAUAGGCAAUAUUAUAAAUCGUAUCGAGCCAGAAUCCGUUUAAUGCGGCCGAGAAUCAUCGCGGCUGCGAAGCAGCAACUCGGUGAGCACAUGGAACCAUGCCGUUUGACGCAGGCCUCCAAAACUGAUUCAUCAUUCGUAAUCGGCGUAGUGGCAAAACGUGUAAAACUCAGACCUUCGGUACUCCGCGAUCUCGCCGAUGAACAACUCAUCCUACCUGAGCCAGUCGAUGAAAAUACCUUGGUCUCAGAGAAAGAUUACUUGGAAUUCGAAGAUGAAGACCAGAUAGUGCGUUUAAGCGGUGACAUCGGUGUGGAUGAUGUGGCUACAGGAUGUGUCAUUGGACUGAUUGGAAGGCAACUCAAAGAUGAUAUUUUUCGAGUGGAUCGAAUUAUUUGGCCGAAAAUGGCCGUGCAACCACCAUUUCCUGAGAUUGAAUCGGAUAAGUACGUUAUGUUCGUUUCUGGCCUGUCGUUUUCACAGGAACCCGAAAAGGAAGCUGAUCGUUUGUUCGCAUUAGACAUUCUUCAGAAAUGGCUCAGUGGAUUGUUACCACUCUCCGAAAAGGCUCGAGAAUUCACGACAGCAGCUCGCUACUUGGUCAAGAAUGAGGAGUGCCCAAAUGUGGCAUGUGCUGCAAAUAUGGACAAAUUCUUAUCCAAAGUUUCGAAUAUGAUUGAAGUGGACGUGAUGCCGGGUCUAGGCGAUCCAGCUACACAUCUGCUGCCUCAACAACCGAUUCAUCGUGCCGUAUUUCCACAUGCAUCAUAUCAUGGGAAAAUGUUGAACUUAGUCACCAAUCCGUAUAAUUUCUCUGUCGAAGGUGUCAACUUUUUGGGCAGUUCAGGAUGCCCUUUAUCGGAUCUGAAGCGUUUCACGGUCAACGCAACCAGUAUAGAUCUGUUGGAACGCACCCUCUUGUGGCAGCAUUUGGCGCCUACUGUGCCAGAUACAGUUGACGGAUUUCCAUUUGAGGAUCGUGAUCCGUUCAUCAUUAAAGAAGCAUUUCCGCACGUUCUGUUUGCGGCAAAUCAGGCCACAGCCGAAUGCGCAGUUCGUGAAUUUGAUGGUGGACGGCGUGCAUUGUUGCUGUCCAUUCCGAGUUUCGCAAAAACCAAAUCUGCACUCAUUGUGAAUUUGAAGAAUUUAGAAGUUAUUGAGCAGAAUUUUAGUUUUGAUGAAAGUAUGAUAUGUUGA